AUGUCUCAUCAAACACCAAAAACGAACUUCAUACCUCUCCUGCCGGUAGAGACUCACUCACAGACCAAGAAGGUCUUGCCUUUGAUCACUAAAACGACACAAAAUGACAGCGAACCAAACACAGAGACCGGCCCCUCCUCUAGGCAUCACAACCGCACUCAAACAAUCUCUGGUAUUAGUCAUGAAAUUGUAGACCAAGGAAAGUAUGACUACCCCUCUUUCAAAGCCAAUAUGCUUUUCUCACAAAGCAGCGAACGCUCAACUUCAGACAUCACAGAAGAAAAGACUUCUGGCAUAACACCAGAAGUCAAUGAACUCUUAAAGACUGGUUCCUGGUCUAUCCCUCAUGCUCACGAGUAUCAGAAGCAUGCUUGGCAUAGUUCCGUGCUGGGAAUGGAGGCCAAAGUCAAGGAUGAAUGGGGAUUUUCCAGCGCAAGCGUAUCGCGUUCGCACACUCCAAACCCAGUUUGCUAA